ACCUGCAGGAGCGUGCCUGCCUGGAGCAGACCCAUCCCCGGAGGAAUGGAGUGUGUCUCAUGUGGCUAUGUCUCCAAAGACGAAGCCCCCAAGUUCUGCAGCGAGUGUGGACAGAAGCUUCUUCCUGCAGCCCCCGUACCAGAUUCUGAGAACAACAACCCUGAGGCAGUGCCGGCCCCAGAGGAGAAAAGGGAGUGUGGACAGGAGCUGAAGGAGGAUGGUGGCCCCGAGGUGACCUCGGACCCUGAGGCAGAAAUGGAGUGUGAACAGGAACUGAAGGAGGACGGUGACCCCAAGGUGACCUCAGACCCCGAGGAAGAGAUGGAGUGUGGACAGGAGGUGAGGGAGGACGGUGGCCCUCUCUUGUCCCCGGACUCAAGUCACCUCCUGCAGGAGGAUCAGGACGAGCCCGCUUCCAGUGUCUCCUUGGCUGGCCCAGGAGUGGGCAGAAGCAAAAGGAAGAGAGGGAGGAAGAGAAAGAACCAGAAUGCCUCCGCUUCCGCAGAGCCAGACUCCUUGCUGGAGGCCACCUCCGUCCCAGGGGGCGUCAGCUCGCUUGCCAACUCCUGCUUCCAGGACCCAGCCCCACCCCAGAGCAGGGCCCCGCAAGGUGGUCCGACCAGCGAGCCGAGCCAGCCCCCGGGCACCGCCCCGACUCCGCCAGAAGGUGGUGACCACCCAGGGCCCAUGGGGCAGGCUGAGGCUGGUGGCAGCCCUCCGCGGGACCAGACUGGGGGAGGUGCCCUCCUGAAUGGGAAGGGCCACGACACCCCCGAGCCCUCCAAGGGCAGGGGCCCCCCCCAGGAGGGGGCUGGUCCAAACACCUCUGCCAGCAAAGACCGUCCUGGGAAGGAAGGUGCUGAUCAGGAAGUCCUGCCUCCUGAGUCCAAGCGGGCCUAUGAGCCCAAGAUGGAACCACAGAGCCCCGCGCGGCAGGCCGGGGCUCACGCCUCUGGGGAAACCGCUGCUGCAGCCCAGCCCGCUAAGCCUGAGGGAGGGGCUGGGGAAAAAGUGAAAGCCAAGACUCAGAAAACGAAACAGCUGCCCGCAAGCUGUCCUGCUUCCCCAGAGCUCCGCCAGGAAGCUGAAACCAAGGAGAAGGUGGCCGUUGCUGGAGACAAAGCAGGUGGAAGUGAUAAGGCCAAGCCAGGGGCUCCGAAGAAGCCGGGAGGGAAUGACAAGAAUUGUGCGGCCACGGUGAAAAGUGAGAAGGAGCAACAGAAGCGCAAAGCGGGAGCAUGUGAAGUGAAGGAGAGCCCACUGAGUCUCCAGGAAAGGAUCACGGUGUUCUUCCACGCAAUCAUUUCCAAGGACGUCGGCUUUGACCCCAACGUGCACAAAGUGUUUGUCAAGGGGGGAGAGGAGUUUGGGAAACCCAAGUGGAAUCUGAACGUCUGUGAGAUGCACUGCACCAAAGACCUGUACGAGAACGGGUUCCUCGUGGAAGGCAGCGCCGUCCUUUCCCGGCAGUACCUGAAUAAAGCCAUUCCGUACAAGUACGUUGUCAUGCACGGCAAGAGCAUCGACUACGAGUACAUCUGCAAACCUCAGCAGAGCAACGAGCACGUCAACCGCUGUCUGCAGGUGAAGGCAGAGCUUCUGGGCUCAGGAGACUGGCACCAGUAUGAUGAUCUGGUCCGUAUGAAGAGCCCGGGGAAGCUUCAGAGGAUGGUGAGUUCCUUCACAGACGGGAUAAGGAAGGACCUGGUGAGGGGUAAGCAGGUGGCGGCCGCCGUCAUGCUGGACGGCAUCUUCAGCAUUCUGCAGCCCUGGAGCGCCACCAACCUGAAGAGCUUUUUCACCCAGCUCCAGCAGUUCUACUGUGUCGUGAAAGUACCCAUGAUCUACGAGGGCCACGCACAGCCCUGGCACUCUCUGCAGUACGAGGAGAAGGAGGUGAAGAGAAACCUGUGGGAGUAUUUGAAAAAACAGGCAGCACCGUUUCUGGGAAGAAGUGGGGACCCUCUGUUUGAAGACAGCCCAGUAAAGAGUAAAUUGAGAAUGGGCCUGAUCCUCCUUUUUGCUGUGGAAAAGUUUGACAUUCCCUUAUCGAAGAAUGACCUGGAGAUCCUCUGUAGUCUUCUUUCCUCCAACGCGCGUUCACCAGGAGACCUUGACAGUGACCUAAGCCACAUCUUUGGAACAUGUCAGAGCUGGCGGGAGUUCCUGGUCAACCUGUGCCGACGGUGCAUGGAGGAGAGAGUGGUCCUCUGGGUGCUCACCCUGCCCGUCCUGCACCACUGCCUGGCGCCGGCGCCCCAAGGAAAGGACUCCAGGAUGCAGCCUGAGGACACCUGGGCGGCCCUGGAAGGAAUCUCCUUCUCUGAGUUUCGGGAAAGAAGGCUAGAUUGGAUUGGAUUGAUUGACCUUAUGGGAGAGUCGAGCCAUUUGCUGGACGUAGAUGUGUGUCUGUUCCGGUCCUGGUUCAGUCUGCUGCCUCUGAGCAACUUAGUCUACUAUAUGAAGAACUUCAUGGAAUAUCUGAGUCGCUCCCCUGCUCGCUUCCUGGACUGCCUUCUAGGGACUUGGUACCAGCUUCAAGGGCUUAGACAAGUCUUCAGCACAAAUCGGGAGAACAUUGAGGAAAUUUUUCAAAUGCUGCUGCACCUCCUGGAUAUUUUUCAAGACAAGAUUCUUGAGGAGCCCUUGAUACAGUCCUACUUGACUGUGUGCCUGAAACUUCAUGAAACUGUCUGCAGAAUAACAAAAGACCAAAAGUUUUAUGAGCUGCCCGCCUUAUCUGCUGAGAUUGUUUGCAGAAUUAUUUCACUUAAGCCUCUAGUGGAUUCAGCCAAAGGGCCGAGAAAAGAAGCUGGGAAGAUUUCCGUGCAAACAGUAUUCCAGGAGACAGUCGCUGGGACGAGAUCUUGGCUUCGGGACAUUUUUCGGGAGAGCAUCUUUAGGCAAACCUACACAUCAGGUGUCACGUUCAGAUACCAGGAGGAAAUCAAGGUCUGGAGGCGGCUGGUGGAGAUCAACCUCCCCGUGCAGUACGACUGGAAGGAGUCCUUGAUGGGGGACUUGGAAGGGAGAAUCAAACAGGAGAAGCCGCUGGAGCAGAUCUCCGCCUUCUGCAGCCCCCACUGGGACGCCACGGAGCGGGAAGACCGCGUGUCCCGAUGCUUCGAGAAGUGCGUCCUCGAGGCCGUGAGCUCGGCCUGCCAGUCUCAGACCAGCGUCCUCGAGAAGAUCUCCAGGCACGACCUGUGGAAGUUCUGCACUCUGCUGUCGGCCGUGAUCACCAAGUCCUGGCCGCGGCGCGACGGCGACGCCACGGACGACCUGGACGCGGUUUUAAAGCACCUGCUCGUGUGGCGGGACAUGAGGCAUCUCAUCCGGCUGUGCGGAACUGAUGAGAAGGUAUUAGCCAGUGUUACUGAGGACGCCAAGAAGCUGUUGGCUAUUGCCGACUCUGUGUUCACAAAAGUCAGUGAGGACCUUCUGAAUGGCACCAUUUUAAUUGGGCACCUGGAGCUCAUCACGGAGAACUCAGAUCAGUUUCUGGACAUCUGGCAGAUAAGUGAAAAAGAUCUUUUACCCCAAGAGAAAAAGCAUGACGUGAGGGAGGUGCUGGGCUGGAGAAAGGAUGAGCUGGAAUUUCUGAAGAGAGAGAAGGAAUACGUGGACAGUCUCCUGAGGUUGUGUGAGCAGGUGAAACAUCUGAUAAAAGUGGAUCUGGAAGAGAUGGCGGAAAGACACUUAGAAGAUCUCAGCAGUAAAAGACUGAGUGAUGCCGUGACAGUGAGGUUGUCACUCAGAUCCCCGGAUGUGAAGAAGGCAACACAUUACGACCUGAGCCCCCAAGUCCAAGAGAUGGCUGAAAAGGUACACCGGCUUAAGAAGAGCCACAUCUUCCAGGUCUUCUGGGAAGACGCGGCAGAAAUGCUGAGCGAGCCUGAGGAGGAGCUGGAAAGGCAGAUUCUUCAGGCUGACGAGGCAUAUACAUAUCUGUAUCUCCCUUGUCUCGAGAAGUUGAUGAAACUGUAUGAGGAUCUGAGGUCAGGAGAGAUCACCUUUCAGGAGGUUGACACCAUAUUCAAGGAUUUUGUGAAUAAGUAUAGCCAGCUCACCGACAACCUCCAGACUAUGUGUGUCCUGGACCCCAGCGACCAAGGGGACUGGAUCAGCUGUCGAGUUGGGCAGAUCAGGGAGUACCAUCACCUGCACCAGGCUGUCAGCUCGGCCAAGGCCAUCUUGAAGGUCAAGGAGAAUUUGGGCCUGACCGGUGACUUCAGUGUUCUGCACACUUUGUUAAACUUUACUGACAACUUCGACGACUGUUGUCACGAGAAGCUGGACCAGAUCAGCGAGCAGCUGAUCCACGCCAAAAAGCUGCUGCAGGACAUCAGUGAGACCCGGUGCCAGUGUCUCCUUGAGCUGUCCCUGAGCCAGGAGUUCGUCUGCUGGGUCCAGGAGGCUCUUGGAGACAUCAACGAACUAAAGGUGUUUGUGGAUCUCGCCUCAAUCUCUGCGGGGGAGAAUGACAUCGACGUGGAUCGGGUAGCCUGCUUCCACGACGCCGUGCAGGGCUACGCGUCGCUGCUGUAUAAGCUGGAUGUGAGUGCAGGAUUUGAGGAGUUCAUGAUGCAUCUUGAAGAACUGUGGAAGGCUCUGGAGAAUGACCUGCACCUGCCCCGUAAACUGCAUGACUCUGCCAGGAACUUGGAGUGGCUGAAAACUGUGAAGGAAAGUCACGGGUCGGUAGAACUUUCCUCCCUCUCAUUGGCAACAGCCAUCAAUGACAAAGGCGUCUAUGUGAUCAGGGCCCCCAAGGAUAGCCAGAAGAUCUCCCCAGACACGGUUCUACAGUUGCUCUUGCCCGAGAGCCAUGGAGACCCUGAGGAAGUGCGAGUCUACUCUUUGGAAGACCUCAAGGAGCUUUUGAAUAAAUUGAUGCUGAUGUCUGGCAAGAAAGAUCACAGGAACGUUCAAGUAGAGGUAUUUUCCAAGGUGUUCUGCACCGUGCAGCGGCUUGUCCAGGCCUUCAUAGACCUUUACUGCGCUGGAAACAUGCUGUUCAGGGCCUGGGGUGCCGAGGUGUACUGCUCCCCCCAGCACGGUGUCUCCAUUCGAAUGGAUUUCUGCUUGGAGCCUGUAAGCCAGCUCAGGGGCAGUGGGCCGGUGGCCACGCUGUUGGAGGCCGUCAGCAGAGAGAUGGAGCAUUUCCUGGAUCACUGGAAGAGAUUCGUGGCAGAGAAGCGGGCCAAGUACUUUUAUCUCAACUACUACACCGCCGAGCAGCUGGUGUACCUGAGCACAGAGCUCAAGAGACAGACGCCCAGCGAUGCUGCUGUCACCAUGCUGUCCUUCAUCAAAAGGGACUGCACCCUGACCGAUGUUGCGAGGGCCCUCAAGGGGCCCAAUGGUGAGGCUGCCAGGCACCACGAGAGGACAGUGGUGGAGGAACUGCAGCGGAUGCUCCUGCGUGAGUUAAGCCUGGUGGGCAAGCUGCGGGCUGUCCUGGAGCAGUCCAUGGCGUGCAUGAGUGCCUUCCUGCCUCACUCUCUGGACCUGGAGACCCUCGGCCGCUGUCUGGCUCACCUGAGCUGGAUGAGUGGACAUCCUGUGAUGCGGUUCCUCCCCAACGGCCUGCACGUCGGCAAGCCCAACCUCAUCAUCUGUGGCCACACUGAGGUGCUGUCGGCCGCACUGGCCAUCUACAUGCACACCGCACAUCAGCCACUGCCCACCUUCGACGAGGUGCUGCUCUGCACCCCGGGAACCACUUUUGAGGAAGUGGCCCUGCUCCUGCGCCGCUGCCUCACUCCAGGCUCCCAGGAACAGGGGGUCUAUAGCCUGCUGUAUGCGGACCUGCUGAGCUAUGAGGUGGCCUGCCAGGUGGAGGCACUCUUCCUGACCCUGUGCUCACAGCCACACCGGGAUGACUUCCAGCUGGUGAUGAUCUGUGACUCUGAGCGGGAGCAUUGCCACCUGCCCUCGGCUUUCAGCCAGCACAAGGUCCUUGUCACCCCUCAGAAGCCCCUCCAGGAUAUCCAGGCCUACCUGGCUCGGCAUUUCCAGGUCCCCAGGCACUUGCCAUCAGCUGCCGACGUGUUCCGGGACCGGAUGUGUGUGGGGAUUGUGACCUCCAAGCGAGCGGGCGUUGGAAAGUCUCUCUAUGUCCGGAGAUUACAUGGCAAAUUGAAGAUGCAGCUUGGAGGCCAAAAAGUGCCCCUAAAAGUGAUCCGACUAAUCGACCCUCAGGUGGAUGAGAACCAAGUGUUGCAGUCCCUCCUGCCUUUCCUGAAGGCUGAGCACCAGACAGGACCUGCGAUCUUCCACUUUGAUGUGACCUCUUCAGUGCAGACUGGACUUUGGGCGUUCAUUUUCAAACUCUUCAUCCUACGGUACUUAAUGGAUAUAAAUGGGAAAAUAUGGCAUCGGAACCCGUGCCAUUUGUACAUCAUUGAAACCCUGGAAAGGUUGCCAGCACUGCCCAGGACGCCGUACAGACGGGUAUUACACACACCCCCCCCCUUCAGUUUUCUCGAUAUCUUCCCAAGAGUCACCUGCCGGCCUCCCAAAGAAGUGAUCGACAUGGAGCUGAAUCCCGAAGAGAGCUACAGCAAUCCAGGGAUGGACCAGAAAGCAUUCCACAGUGAGACUUUCCAGAGGCCUUAUCAGUAUUUGAAACGGUUCCAUGAGAAACAAAACCUAGACAUGUUUCAGUACCAGAAAGGCUCUGUGGAAGGCACUCCUGAGGAAUGCCUCCAGUAUUUCCUGAUUUACUGUGGGUUGAUAAAUCCAUCCUGGGCAGAGCUACGGAACUUUGCUGGGUUCCUGAAUUAUCAGCUCAGAGAUUGUGAGACCUCCCUCUUCUGCGACCCGCGCUUGAUUGGAGACACACUGCAAGGCUUCAAGAACUUUGUGGUCACCUUCAUGAUCUUCAUGGCAAGAGAUUUCUCCACACCGACACUUAAUACGUCCGAUCAGAGCCCUGGGAGGACCACAGUGACCAUGGAUGGGGUCAGCGAAGAAGACCUAGCCCCUUUCACUCUCCGGAAGAGGUGGGAGUCAGAGCCUCACCCGUACGUGUUCUUCAAUGGUGACCACACGUCCAUGACAUUCAUGGGCUUCCACAUCAAGCCCAAUAGGAGUGGCGGCCUUGAUGCCAUCGACCUCUCCGGUGGGAGAGUGAUCAAGAAAGAUGUCAUGGGGAUGGAACUGUACCGGGGGCUAUUGCUUCAGAGGGUGCCUUUCAAUGUUGACUUUGAUAAGCUUCCCAGACAUGAGAAACUUGCAAAGCUCUGCCUGGUGUUGGGGAUCCAGUGGCUCGUGGACCCUGAUGAAACCUAUGAGCUCACAAUGGACAAUAUGCUGAAGAUCCUUGCCAUCGAGAUGCGGUUCCGGUGUGGGAUCCCCGUCAUCAUCAUGGGAGAGACCGGCUGCGGGAAAACCAGGCUCAUUAAAUUCCUCAGUGACCUGCGACGUGGGGGCACCAAAGCUGAAACCAUGAAGCUGGUCAAGGUCCACGGAGGAACCACUGCAGAGAUGAUCUACUCCAAAGUGCGGGAGGCAGAGAAACUUGCUAUGUACAAUAAGGACCAACAUCAGCUGGACACUAUCUUGUUCUUUGAUGAAGCCAAUACAACAGAAGCCAUAAGCUGUAUCAAGGAAGUCCUGUGUGAUCGUACAGUGGACGGCCAGCCCCUGGCCAAAGACUCGGGCCUGCAUAUCAUAGCGGCCUGCAACCCUUACCGGAAGCACUCGCAGGAGAUGAUCAGCCGCUUGGAGUCGGCCGGUUUGGGAUACAGGGUCAAUGCAGAGGACACGGUGGAAAGGCUCGGCUCCAUCCCCCUGAGGCAGCUGGUGUACCGAGUGCAUGCUCUGCCGCCCAGCCUGAUCCCGCUGGUGUGGGAUUUCGGACAGCUGAACAACACCGCCGAAAAGCUCUACAUCCUGCAGAUUGUGCAGAGGCUGGUGGAUGCCAUCAGGUUAGAUGAAGAUGAGACUCUUGUGAUCACGGAAGUGCUCUCUGCCUCUCAGGCUUUCAUGAGGACGAGAGUGAACGAGUGCAGCUUUGUCAGCCUCAGGGAUGUGGAGCGCUGUGUCAAAGUGUUCAGAUGGUUUUACGACCACAGUGUGAUGCUCCUGUCAAAGCUGGAGUCCUUUCUCCAAGAGUCCCACGUCAGCCAAAACAAUGUGGAGAGAGAUCCUGUCCUCUGGUCCCUGGUGCUGGCCCUCGGGGUGUGCUAUCACGCCUCUUUAGAACAGAAGGAAUUGUACUGGAGAGCCAUUUGCAGUCUCUUUCCAGAACCAUAUAACGACAGCAAGAUUAUUCUGGAGGAGAUAGCUCAAACACAGAGUCUUUUUCUAAAUAGUGUGUCUUUAAGGAAAACCAUCGCUAGGAACUUGGCUUUGAAGGAGAAUGUCUUCAUGAUGGUUAUCUGCAUUGAGCUGAAGAUUCCCCUCUUCCUAGUGGGGAAGCCCGGCAGCUCCAAAUCUCUUGCCAAGACCAUUGUGGCAGAUGCCAUGCAAGGCCCAGCAGCUCACUCGGACCUCUUCCGGAGCCUGAAGCAGGUCCAUCUGGUAUCAUUCCAGUGCAGCCCACACUCUACUCCUCAAGGCAUCAUAAGCACCUUCAGGCAGUGUGCCCGCUUCCAGCAGGGAAAGGACCUACAACAGUACGUUUCUGUGGUGGUGUUGGAUGAGGUUGGACUGGCAGAAGAUUCGCCUAAAAUGCCCUUGAAGACUCUGCACCCGCUGUUGGAAUAUGGGUGCAUUGAUGAUGAUCCUGCCCCCCACAAAAAGGUUGGCUUCAUAGGCAUCUCCAAUUGGGCCCUGGACCCUGCCAAGAUGAACCGGGGUAUUUUUGUGUCACGUGGCAGUCCCAACAAGAAAGAGCUCAUAGAGAGCGCUAAGGGGAUUUGCUCCUCAGAGCCCCUAGUUCAACAAAGAGUCCAAGGCUACUUUGCGCCCUUUGCCAGAGCCUAUGAAACCGUGUGUGAGAAGCAAGACAAGGAAUUCUUUGGGCUCCGUGACUACUAUAGCCUCAUCAAAAUGGUCUUCGCCAAGGCAAAGUCUUCUAAUAAUGCGCCCUCCCCGCGGGAUAUUGCGCAGGCUGUCCUUCGGAACUUCAGUGGCAAAGAUGACAUCCACGCUUUGGACAUUUUUACAGCCAGUUUGCCUGAGGCGAAGUGCUGGGAAGAAGUCAGCACCAUGCAGCUGAUCCAGGAGAACAUGUACAGUGACCUUCAGAAGGCGUCAGGCAAGGAGCUGGACGGCUCUGAGUCCCGCUACCUGCUUGUGCUGACCAGAAACUACGCGGCUCUGCAGGUCCUGCAGCAGACGUUCUUCAAGGAGGACCGGCAGCCGGAGAUCAUUUUUGGUUCCAGCUUUCCCAGGGACCAGGAGUACACCCAGGUCUGCAGGAAUAUCAAUCGGGUGAAGAUUUGCAUGGAAACGGGCAAGAUGGUGGUGCUGCUCAACCUGCAGAGCCUGUACGAGAGCCUCUACGACGCGCUCAAUCAGUACUACGUCUACCUGGGGGGCCAGAAGUACGUGGACCUUGGUCUGGGGACCCACCGGGUCAAAUGUCGGGUUCACCCAGAUUUCCGCUUGAUAGUCAUUGAAGAGAAAGACGUUGUCUACAAACAUUUUCCCAUCCCUCUCAUUAACCGGCUGGAGAAACACUAUCUGGAUAUCAACACUGUUUUGGAGAGAUGGCAGAAAAACAUCGUGGAGGAGCUCCAGAGCUGGGUGGAGAGAUUUGCAGAUGUGAAAGCGGAGCAUUUUGUAGCCGGGCACAAGUACAGCCCUUCUGAAGUCUUCAUCGGCUACCACCCGGACGCGUGCGCCUCUGUGGUGCUCCAGGUCACCGAGAGGCUGGGGCCCGGCGUCUUAACUGAUGGACUGUACCAGAAGGUGUCUGAGGAGGCCAAGUUGAUUCUGCUGGGUUGUGCCACGCCAGACGCCGUGAUUCGGCUGGGAGCUACCUCCCUGGGCCUGUUCGCCGCACAGUCCCUGUCGCAAGAAUACUACCACAGGCAGCAGCAUAACUCCUUCGCAGACUUCCUUCAGGCCCAGCUUCACACAGCGGAUCUGGGGCACCGUGUCACCUUCACGGAGAUCACCACUUUCUCCAGGCUGCUCACCAGCCAUGACUGUGAAAUUUUGGAAUCGGAAGUAACAGACGGAGCUCUGAGGCCCACGAUCCUGUCCCUGCAGCAGUUUGAUACCGAGAGCUCAUUCCUCGGAAAAGUCCGAAACUGCUUAACUGACGCAGCCAGAUGCAAAAUCCUUAUUAUUCAAACGGAUUUCGAAGAUGGAGUCCGCAGUGCUCAGCUCAUCGCUUCAGCUAAGUAUUCUUCCAUAAAUGAAAUCAACAAGCUACAAGGCAAUAAGGACCGCAUCUUGGUCUAUUUUAUCACCAAACUGUCCCGGAUGGGAAGUGGAACAUCCUAUGUGGGAUUCCAUGGAGGGCUGUGGCAGUCUGUGCACAUUGACGAUCUCCAGAAGUCCACAGUCAUGGUUUCAGAUGUGACUAAGUUGCAGGAUGUGGCCAUCAGCCAGCUCUUUAAGCCAGAAGAGAACCCUGAGUCGGAGACAAGAUACGGGGCUGGAGACAGCCAGGAGGAGGCAGAGGAAACCCAGGCUGCCAGGUCAGGGGAGGCGGCAGAGGUGGGCUUGGAAACAGAAGGCUCUGAGACACUGGACGGCACAUGUGCUAAGCGAGGCAGGAGUGAGGUGAGUUUGAUCUUGGACACCACCAGCCUGCUGCAGAGCUGCAUCCAGGGUGCCGUGGGCAUGCUCAGGGACCCGCAGGAGGGCCGCCCGCGCGGCAUGCGGAGAGUGGAGAUUCUUUUCCAGCUGUUGAAUGAGGACGAUGUGGAGAAAGCUGCUUUCCUGCAGGCAUGCAAGGUGCGCCUCUACGCCCUCCUCAAGCAGCAGGAAGAGAAUUGCUUCUUGAACGUGAAGGAGUGGGUAUCGAGGGAAGCCUCAAAUCAGGACGCUCUCCAGGAGGCAGGCACAUUCAGGCAGACCCUCUGGAAGCGGGUCCAAGGUGUGGUGACCCCUCUUCUGGCGAGCAUGGUCUCCGUCCUGGACAGAGACAGCAAUCUCGAGCUACUGACCAGGCCAGACUCUCCUUCGUGGACAAGAGAUCUUUGGAUGUUUAUUUUCCGGGACAUGAAGUUUCUGAACAUUCCUCUUGUGACAAAUGAUAUGAGGUCUAAAAGUGAGAUACCCUACAUCACAGUGCAGAAUGGAAUGAGCCCUCCUGAGGGUGUGUCCAGUGACGUCCCGUUCAGCUGCAGAAUCAAAGACUAUCUGGAGGAGCUGAGGGUCCAGGCUCAGUACAUCACCGGAGCCGAAGGAACGUCGAAGAAGUUAGUGGAAAUCUUUCAGCAGACCCCGCUGGGCAGGUUUCUUGCUCAGCUCAGUGUGGAACAGCAGCGGGAACUGUUUCUGUGCUACAUGAAGGACUUCCUCCUUUUGACGAUGAGAGCGUCCACUCGGGAAGAACUGGCGGUUUUGCAGGCCGCACUGGGGUCCUGCAUCUCUCAAGAGCAAGCGGAGAGGCCAGAGGACGAGGCCUCCUUACCGUGGGUGCACCUCACUUACCAGCGCUUCAGGGGCCGGCUGCAGAACUUGUCCAGAAUCUUGACUAUCUUCCCCCAGAUUCUACAAGAGCUAUUUUACAACACAACAGAAGGCACAUGGAAUGUCACAUUGGACGGACAUGAGCUGACUCUGGAUGCACUGGCAGCAGUGGCCUGCACAGAGCUGCUGACGAGGGACAUCCUGCAGCCCAGCCCCCAGGCGUGGCUGCAGAUGGUGAAGAAUCUGUCUGUGCCACUGGACCUCCUGGGCUCUGAUGGGUGCCUGCAGAGCUGCGGGAGGCUGGCCCGAGGGGUCAUCAGGGUAGUCAGGACCCACUGGAACCGCAUUUUCCCCGUGGCUCUUUUCGUGGAACAUGUGCUGCUGGGGGUCGAGAGCCAGAUUCCUGAGCUGCAGGCACUGGUGACUGACUAUGUCUUCCUGCUGAACAAGCAUCUGCAGAACGACUCCAACAUCAAGACAUACAGGCCUUUUGUCGCAGUGAUGCGUACUCUACGUGAGUGCAAGGACCAGGCCAGCAAGACCCUCGCCAGGGUUGAGAUUCAGCCAUGCCCCAUCUGCCUGGGGGACACCCAGAAUCCGGUCUGCCUGCCCUGUGACCAUGUGUUCUGCUUAAGCUGCGUCAAGUCCUGUCUCACCCUAGGGCAGAUGAGAUGCCCCUACUGUUUAACAGACUUGCCAGAAGACUACUCUCUAGCUGUGUCCCAGGAGCACAGGGAGGCCGUCCGGAAACAUGCCUGCGUCCGACAGCUCUGCAACAGUUUCUUCCUGGACCUGGUCUCCACCGUGUGCUUCAGAGACAACUCUCCACCACAGAAGGAGGUGAUUGACGCUCUGCUCAGUUUACUCUUCGUACAAAAGAAGCUCUUAAAAGACACUUCCCAAAGGCCCCGCGAGCACACAAAAUCUCUGUCUCCGUUCGACGAUGUUGUGGACAAGACCCCGGUCAUCCGCUCGGUGGUCCUGAAACUGCUGUUGAAGUACAGCUUCCAAGAAGUAAAAGAUUAUAUCCAGGCUUACUUGUUGCUGUUGGAGGAGAAGGCCCUGCUCGCCGAAGAUAAAACCGAGCUGUACAUCCUGUUCAGCAGCUGUCUGGAGGAUUCGCUGUACGAGAAGGCCAGCGGUCUGUCUGCCCACGAGGAGCCGGCAUACCUGCGGGAGGAAGGGGUCUUCCUUCAGACCUACUUGUGGCGGCACAGCCUGGAGCCGGCCAGCGAGGCAUCCGUGGAGUACCUGCAGGAGACGGCCAGGGUCCGCCUGUGUCUCGACAGAGCGUCCGAUGUCCUCAGCGAGCUUCAGGAGGGCUCAGAGCUGGCCGGGGAGAAGCUGCGCUUCCUGCAGCAGGUAGAGCGCUUCUGCAGGCAAGGGAGGAACGACUGGCACCGCGUGUACCUGGUGAGGAAGCUCGCCAGCCAGCGAGGGAUGGCGUGGGUGCAGCGCCUCUGCGGACAGGGCCAGCCGGCGCAGUGGGUGCUCCCCCAGGAGGCCGUGGUGCAGCAGGGUGUGCGUGAGGAUCAUGCAAGCCAGGUCGAUCCGUACCUGGUGCACGGUGACGAGUAUAAGGCUCUUCGGGACGCAGUGGGCAGAGCUCUGCUCGAGUGCAAGCCCUUGGCUGCUGUGGCUGGUGCGAUGGUCUGCGGGAACCCCGGCCCGCGGCAGGCGGCCCACUUCCUGCUGGCGCUCUACAGAGAGGUCACCACUCUGUACCGAUUCCGCAACACAAACCUCUACCCUAAGCCAGAGCAAUGUGAGGUUCUACACAAGUUCAUCGAGGAAAGCAACGUCCUGUCUUCUCCAGACAUGAGACAUUUUGCAACAUCCCUCGUGAACAACACGCUGCCCCUGCUGAGGGCAGGUGCUGGGGACAGCAGCCUCGAGGGCCCAGUGGCAGAACUGGUUAUUCACACUGCAGUCGUCCUCCUGUGUGGACACAGCCACCUCUUAGAGCCCCUGCAGAAUCUGGCCUUCUCCCCGGCGGACAUGGUGAGUGCUUAUCUUCCCACGAUGCCUGAAGACUUGCUGGCUCAAGCUCAGAACUGGAAGGGUCUGGAAGGACUCCGCUGGUAUGUGUGUCCCAAUGGUCACCCGUGCACUGUGGGAGAGUGUGGCAGGCCCAUGGAACAGAGCCACUGUGUUGACUGCGGGGCCCUAAUUGGAGGGAUUAAUCACAAACCCGAGACUGGAUUUCAAGUUGUCAAUAACAGCACAGACAGAACCCAGAAGGGCCAUGUGCUGGGAGCCCCGCUGUCCAGAGGCGAGGCCAUGGUGUCUGACCGAGAGCUGUCCCCAGUGGUCUUCCAGCUCGUCCGGCUGCUCACUCACCUGGCCCUGCUCCUGGGAGCCGCUCAGAGCCCUCAGGCUCUCCUGAACAUCAUCAGGCCCCCGGUGCAGGACCCCAGAGGCUUCCUGCAGCAGCACAUCCGCAAUGACCUGCAGCAGCUGACCAGGACGCUGGGGAAGACCGCCGAUGAGACCGUCACCGUGGUGCAUCUCGUGCUCUGCAGCCUUCUCCCAGGCCAGCACCACCGCAUUGGAUGGAGGCCUUUUGGUUUCGAUGCAAGGCUGGCAACCAGAGAGCAGAGAAAGAGCUGGGAGAAAGCCAUACAGACCCUCAUUCUCCCCGAGCUGGAGCAUCUGGAGAAAGCCCUGCCGAAGGUGACGGCCCUCAUCAGCAAAGACGAGCGGAUCAGCUCCAACCCUGUGGCCAGAAUCGUGUACGGUGACCCGGCGGCCUUCCUGCUGCAGCUGCCCCGGAAGAGCGCAGUCCACUGCUCUAAGAUGUGGACCUGCAGGAGGAGGGUCACGGUGCAGUACCUCCAGCACGUGGUGGAACAGAAGAACGGCCGGGAGACCGUGCCCAUCCUCUGGAAGUUCCUGCAGAAGGAGGCAGAGCUGAGACUCGUGAGAUACUUGCCGGAGAUUUUGGCGCUGCAGAGGGAUCUCGUGAAGCGGUUCCAGAACGUUUCUGAAACUGAGCACCAAUCUAUCAGAUCUUUCGUUAGCAGCCACCACAAAGACGGGGUGAAGCAGGUGCUGCACAGGAGGGUCGGCGUCUUUCUGUCGACGUGGAAUAAGCUGAGGAGGUCGCUUCAGACCAGUGGUGAGAUCAAGCUGCCGGAGGACUACUGUGCCGCCGACUUAGACGCGGACACCAGUUUCGAGGUCCUGCUGCCUCGUCGCCGCGGCCGGGGCCUCUGUUCCACCGCGCUGGCCAGCUACUUGAUCAGCCUGCACAACGAGAUGGUGUACGCCGUGGAGAAGUUCUGUGGCGGGAGCGGCAGCUACUCCAUCGACACCUCCGAGGUCACAGACCUGCACGUCAUCAGUUACGAGGUCGAGCGGGACCUGAUGCCGCUGAUUCUGUCCAACUGCCAGUACCGGGUGGAGGAAGGCCAGGAGACCCUGCAGGAGUUUGACCUGGAGAAGAUCCAGCGCCAGGUCACCAGCCACUUCCUGCAGGGCAAACCCAGGCUCACUCUCAAGGGAAUACCCACUCUGGUGUACAGACGGGACUGGAACUAUGAGCGUCUGUUCACGGACAUCAGGAACAAGAUGCCACAGAAAGCCCUCCCGCACUCAGCCGUCAGCGCCAUCUGCGGGCAGCUGCUGUCCUACAGCGAGGUCUGCGAAGCUCUGUCCGUCAUCGAAGUCGCUCUGGGGUUUCUGAGCACAGCUGGCGGCAACCCGAGCCUGUCCUUGAACGACUACGUCCGAGACAUGCUGCGCAUGGGCGACCAGACAGCCCUCGCUCUGCAGGCCUUCCAGACGUGCCAGCUGAAGCACGCCAUCGCCCUCUGGCAGCUCCUUUCGGCCCACAGGUCGGAACAGCUGCUCCGGCUGCGGAAGGAGCCCUUCCGGGAUAUCAGUGCCCGGUACAAAGUGGGUCUCAGCCCAGAAGAUGCUAAGUGCCUCGGCAUUUUCCUGAAUCAGACGGACCUCGACUCCUUCCUCCUGGAGCUUCAUGAAAUGAUGAUCUUGAAACUGAAGACCCCCCAGGCGGAAGACGACUUCAAGCCCGAGUGGAGCCUGAGAGACACUCUGGUAAGUUACAUGGAAAUCAAAGACAGUGAAAUUCCUCCUGAACUACAAUUCCAGUUCCCCGAGAAGAUACUGCUGUGCAGUUGUGUCCCCGUGUGGAGCAUGGCCGCUGAGCUGAGGUGGGCUCGGCAAGUGAAGUAGACUCUGCUCCACCAGCCUCUGCCACCGGCCACCCCGGCUGGGGCUUCCUGGGGGGCCGCAGGACCCCCGUGUGCUGCACCGCGGGUGGCCAGGAGGGCCACGCUGCUUCAGGGAAUGUGCACAUUUCUCCUCGGAUUGUGAGUGCUGCGCAUGGGGAAGGGAGAACCGGAGACGCCGUGAAACCAGAACCGAGCACCCUUCCAUUCUCUGGGGCACCAGGCACGUGCUCCCCAGUGUCCCGUGACAGCGGCGGAUGGGGCCUUCAGCUCGCCGGCUGGAGACUGACACGCACCCACCCCGGCCCCUCUCACUCCAGAAAGGCGGGGGAAACAGGGCUAUUGAUUUUGCUUCUGUUUUCCUUCUCAUUUAUUCUGCACUUGGAGGAGACCCGGAUUGUUUCUUCCUUCCCGUCCCUUCAGCCCUGCGUGUGGUACACGUAUUUGUAGACUCCGUGAAGGUGUAAAAAAGUGCCAGACCCUUUUCUGUGUCCUUCUAAAAUACAAGUCAGCAUGUUUUGUGAGUGCCUUAGGCCAAACCUCCCAGCCCUCACGCAGCCCCGCCCCGGCCAGUUGUCACGGGUCAGAACUUUCCUCGUGCACGCAAUUAAGAGACUGGUGGUGUGGCCAGAUUCGCUUUUGAUUCUGGGGGUUUUAAAUUCUGAAUUAAAGUUUAUCAGUUAAACUUGGGUCAAAGUCUUGGUUCUGGCAUUUUCCUGGGAACUUUUGGACUGGCCAGCAUCAUGCUAAAUAAACAUGUGGUCUUGAUGGGACCUCCAUGUCCCCAACAUGUGACUAUCUGGUUCUUCCUCUGAGCUCAGCCACGCCAUAAAAACAGACUGAGAGAGAAUACAGAACCAGCUAAGUUUCUGAAAAAGGAAGAAGAGAGUAGUCGAUCAGCUCUGAUCUUGGACCUCUUUUCUUCCUGGGAGGGUCAUGUCUCUUUUGCACGAUGUCCUCGGACACUUGUGGUCUCUGGCCUGCCUGACUCCUGCCCCCGGGGGGCUCAGCGCCUUUAGCACGGAGAUGCCCGCUGUUCACGAGUCAGAGGCGGACGUCUUCCGUAUACAGUGCCCAUGAGUGAACGACUAUCAGCUUGAAAUCAGGCCCUGGGGUGCGAGCUGCAGGAGCGAGAAUGCUGCCAGGACUGCUGUUGACCCUGCAGCUGCGGCGGAGGGAGCAGCAGGCGGAAGAAGCCGCCCCCGUCCUCUUCCGUGUCUGAGGAAGGGGGCGCGGGAAUCCAGACCCCUCCGCGGUUCAUCUGAUACAACAGCCCCUUGCACUGAGGAACCUACGAUUGUUCCGUCAUUCUACGCUAUGCAAAGGCCCCCCCCCCUUCCACCUGGAUUGCCCAUGUCAUUGGGGGGCGUCUUCAACUCCUCGACUUACACUUGGAAUUCCUUUGACACCUCGAAGCUGGGACGGAGCCGGUGUGGCCCUCAGGUGCCGCUCUGGGUCCUCGCUGUGCCACACCUCCACGGGCAGAGUCAGGCGUCGGUCUUGUGCUGUGAAACUUUUUUUUGGCUGGGAGUUUUUCCCCCACAGUUUUACGUAGCAUUUUUUAACGAAGGUAUUUUGUGUGCUAUGCUUUCGAAGCCUUAACUGUCGUAUCUAGCAUUAUCUUGUUGGUACAGAAAUACACUGGCUUAGCACAGGCAAAUAUAAAUUUUGUUAUAUUUGUUUUAAUAAACUUGAGUUUUGCUGCU